GAAAUAAAAAGGAGGUUUAAUACAGGUCGGGGAAGCGGACAGGACGCUACCUCGCAUCAUGGAUGCUACGAAUUCCAGCACCUCCUUGUCUUUUGAAGUCGCAGCAUUCAAUCCAUCCAUCAUCGUCGGACCUGUGGUGUUGGGUGCACUCGUUGAUACCUGCCUCUUUGGCUGUCUCGUCAUCCAGACGUAUGUGUAUUAUGCGAAUUUUGCCAACGACCAUCGAGCGAUUAGGUUCACGGUAGCAGCAGUCUUCGCAAUACAAGUUGCACAUGUAAUGUGUGUAUCGGCAACACUGUGGAACACUGCUGUCAGCGCAUACGACGACCCUUCGAAACUUCAGAUACUCCCAUUGGCAUCCGCCGCGACUAUUCUCUUCACUGGGAUUACAGGGGCACUUGUUGAAUCGUACUUUGCUUUUCGACUGUGGAAGGUUUCGAAAAAACUCCUUCUUCCCAUUCUCUCGCUGGUACUCUGCAUAAUAGCUCAGGUUGUCUCAAUCGUGAUCACAGUGCAAGCUUUCAAAACGACAAGCAUUGCUGUAUUCGAAGUUGAUCAAAACACGCCGAUCACGCUUGCCCUCACUUCGCGUGUGCUCUGUGAUCUGAUACUUACCCUGUCCACGGCGUGGUACUUGAAGAACCAGCGGUCGGGAUAUUUAAGGACGACGAACAUGAUCGACCGUUUGGUUCUGUGGACUAUUGAAACCGGUCUGAUAACCAGCCUGGUCGCAGUACUUGUCAUAAGCUUCUUCCUAGCAAUGAAGGAGACUUACAUAUGGGUUGGAUUAUAUACAAUCCUUGCGAGCGUAAACGGAAAUUCGUUGCUAGCCUUGCUAAACGGUAGAUUAAUCUUCCGAAGCGUGACAAGCGAAAACUUACACAUGAGCACUCUGAGCGGUUCAGGUGGUGGGCGUAACAAACAAAAUCCUUUUGUGAUCAAUGCCACCCAGACAGUCAGAGGUCCUCCCGAGGUUUUCAAAUGUGAUAAGUGGGAAGUUUAGGUGUCCAUGAAA